CUUCCUCCAAAUUUUGAGAUCAAGAAAUCAGGAGAAUUGCCAGAAUAUUCCGGAAUCUUCCGCGCCGCUGGGGGAAGCAGUUUACUCUCUCAGUGGGAGAAGAGGAAGAGACGCAGACAAACAAACAAACAACGAGUGUAUUAGGGUUCGAGAAGUUUCUCGAAAUGAUGUAGGAAUUGAGAAUGAAUAGAGUAUAAAAGAAGCUUAGAAUUCUGGAGAAAUUCUUUUUUGAAUCCGAAAAUAGCUACUUCAAAAAUUCAAUCAACAACUCUAGCUAUGACAACUUAUAGAAGAAGAAGGUUGGCUCCUCACGGAACAAACAGAAUGAGAAACGGAAAUGGACAAAACCAGCAGGGAAACCAGCAAUAUCAGCAAUGCCAGAAUAACUAUCAAAACCAACAAAAUCAUCAGAACUCGAAUCAAGGAUAUCAGGAACCACAAAAUGAGCAAUUCGUGUCAAGGACAAUGAUUUUGGCAAAGGGACAGAUGAAACGACUACGAGCAGUUUUGGAAGAACGUGUUGAAAUCCAUGGACGUGGCAACUUCCCAACAAUCUCCACCAAACUCAUUAAUCUGAUUCGGUGUCUACGACAACAUAUGGGAAGUGUUCAAGUUGAAGCCCGUGACGUUCGCCUAAACGGAGGCGCCGCAUCAUUUGUAGCCUCUUCUGAUGAUUUCUCGUAUGCUGAUCUCGACCUGAUAUUCCCAAUUCAAAUUGACGAAGAAUCCGAUGAAAAUGUCGAAAAACAAAUUUUCGAUGCGAUUCGUGAUUCUGUAUUUAUGACAAUUCGUGAACUAAUGCCUGAUAACAUCGGAAAGGAGAAAUUCGAUUUUGAGACUCUCAAGGAUGUCUAUAUCCGGAAAAUGAUUAAGGUUUCCACUGACAAUGAUAAAUGGUCGUUGUUUUCACUGAACAACGAGUACGGACGGUGCAUUGAGCUGAAGUUUGUGAACAAAAUGAGGCGGCAAUUUGAAUUCUCGGUUGAUUCAUUCCAAAUUCAUUUGGAUCCACUUCUUAAUGAGUUGGACGAGUGUGAACAGAAAAAGAUCACAAUUGAGAGCAUGUACGGUGAUGUUCAACAAGCAAUGACUCAUCUUCAUGAGAGAUUAAUCGAUACUGUCAAACCGGAAGAAAUUCGUGGUGGAGGACUUUUGAAGUACUGUCAUUUGAUUAUUAGAGGAUACAAAGCAGCGAAGCCAUGGAAUUGUCGCAAAUUGGAGAGAUACAUGUGCUCCCGCUUCUUCAUCGAUUUCCCUGAUCUAAUCUCACAGGAAAAUAAGCUCCGAAACUACUUGGAUUCUCACUUUGGAACAUCAUUUAACGGAGCCACUUACGAUCAAUGGUCUUCAUCUGGAUCAGAUACUGAUUCUGAAGCAUCUACUUCUCAAGCGACCACAUCUUCUCUCUUGGUUACAGGACAGGCUAAAUACGACUUCUUGAUGCUUUUGUAUCGAGUAAUUGACGAAAGUACUGUUUGUCUGAUGGCUCAUGAAAGGAAUAUGUCGUUGAACAUGAUUGAUCGUGUCGCAUUCCAGCUCUCAAUGCAAUGCUACACUCCACCAAACUUCUCAUCAGGUUCCUCAACACCUCCACGAACGACUCUUUUCUACUUGCCACCAGAUGCAGCUACAUGGAUUCCAGUCAUCUGAUCCAAUUGAACCUCUUCCCCCUCUUACAUUCUGUCCACCCUUCUUCGAAAAUCAAACCACAACUGAAAAAAAAACAAUUCUCUCUGCAACUUUAUACAUAAUUGUUAAUAGGCACCAUCAAUUUGUCGGCACUUUAAUUUCUUAUUUUCAUCUUCGAAUAGAUAUAUUCUCCACGUGUGUUACGCACCACAUUCUAGUGUUGUAUAGAUUCCUCAUACAUUUCCCUCUUCAACUCAAACUUUUUGCCUACUGGUGCAAUUUAUUUCAUUUUGAAGUUUAGCUUCCUUCUCUCCUCGACCAAAAUUGUUUUGUAAAUUAAUCUUUUAUUUCGGAAAAAAACGUGCUUAUCACACCGGCUGGUUCGGUGGAUAUCAAGCUCAUCCGCCACACAUCAUUCACAUGUUUCAUUUGUUUCUCUCAUUUGUCCUCUCUGGUUCUAUUUUUCGCUAGUUUUUAACGGGAUCCUCAAACACACUUUUCUGUAUAUUUCCUACGAAGUUUAUACAUCAAAAUCUGAAAUUUUAAAGAAAAAAACAAUAAAAAUUGUAUACACCU